GAGAAAAAGGAAGAAUGACAAAGGAUCUGAUGAUGCCAUUCCUGGGCCAUCGUGUUCACGUGAUGACGACAUUCCAGGACCUUCUUCUCAAGGAUGAUCAGUUUGGCAACGUGCAGCUUACGCGAUUGAGAUUUCAGACAGCGAAGAUGAGGAUAUGGAAAAGGCUAUUCAGGCUAGCCUUGAGGAAUUCAGAGGCGGACCUAAAGAGGAGAAAAGUUUGGACCUUAUAUUGAGUGAGUUUUGUGAGAAAAACUUAAUUCAAGAACAAACCAGGAUAUUAGUAUACCGAAGACGAGUCCUGGAAUCCGCCUUCAAAGCUUUUGCGAGACCGUCGUUCCGACCAGAAGGCAAACUAAACAUCAAAUUAUGUGAAGGGGAACUUGGCGAGGACUAUGGUGGUCCUAAAAGAGAGUUCUUGAGACUUGCACUUGAAGAAUUGUCUAAUUCAAAUAUGUUUAAGUGGCGAAGAAGGAAAUAAAAUCUUCAACCACAACAUUGAACGCCUGGAGCAAGGACAUUUCAAAUUAGUUGGGCUCUUGGUCGCCCUCUCCUUCGUCCAUGCUGGUUCAGGACCGCAUUUCCUGAACAACAGUCUGUAUGACCUGAUGACAAAUCUUCCAACAGACUUGUCGGAGUUCAAAAUAGAAACUCUGCCAUCUGACGACAGAGAGAUGUUGCAAAAGGUGUCUCCAAUUUUCAAUUUAUUUCUAGCUUGGUAUCUUGUAAGAAUGUAAGAAUGUUGGUACAUAAAAGAGCUGAUCAAAAUAAUCUUGAAAGAUUUCUGAAAGAAAAAACAAAUUUGAUGAAGAACACAUGUAAUGUAUACACGGUAUUUCUAAAGCCGACCUUCUGUUAAGUUUU